AUGGCGACUGCCGAUGGAAUACAAGUAUUUGCUGAAACAACUAUAUCGAAAAUAUCCAAUGAAAUAGAUGAACAACAAAGUGAUGCUAUUCGACAAUAUUUAUCAAAAAAGACAGCUUGGAUAAGUCCAAAUGAAGAACAAUUUGAUGCACUUAGUAAAUUUCUUAAAAAACGUCUUGAUGAUGGUCAUGGUGAAACGAUUCUUGAAAUUGGAACUGGAGUUACUGAUGGUGAAUCACCUGGUUUAUUACAUGAUGAAAUGGAAGCAUCAAUUGCUACACUUAAAAGUAUGCAAGCUAUACUUGAUGCAGAAAUUCAAUUAUUAAGAGAAAAAUUACUUACAAAUAAUACACGUUUUAUUAAUGAAUAUCUUAUUCGAAGGCAUAUUGAUCAAGAAGAUUUUAUGGAAGUUAGAGUGGCUGUUACUGGUAAUGUAGAUGCUGGAAAAUCAACAUUACUUGGUGUAUUAACUCAUGGUAUGUUGGAUGAUGGUCGUGGUAUUGCACGACAAAAAUUAUUUCGACAUAAACAUGAAGCAGAAACUGGAAGAACAUCAUCUGUUGGAUGUGAUAUUCUUGGUUUUGAUGCUCAAGGUGCUAUUGUAAAUAGACCUGAUACACAUGGUAAUCAAUCACUUGAUUGGACAAAUAUUUGUCAGAAAUCAACUAAAGUAGUAACAUUUAUUGAUUUGGCUGGACAUGAAAAAUAUUUAAAAACAACUGUAUUUGGUAUGACAGGAUAUGCUCCUGAUUAUGCAAUGCUAAUGGUCGGUGCUAAUGCUGGUAUUAUUGGUAUGACCAAAGAACAUCUAGGUUUAGCACUUGCUCUCGGUGUACCUGUUUUUGUUGUUGUCACUAAAAUUGAUAUGGCACCUGCAAAUGUUUUACAAGAAACAAUGAAACUUCUACAGAAAAUUCUUCGUUCAGCUGGUUGUCGAAAAAUUCCAUUAUUAGUACAAACUAAUGAUGAUGUAAUAACAUGUGCAACAAAUUUUACUUCUGAACGUUUAUGUCCAAUAUUUCAAGUAUCAAAUGUAACAGGAGAAAAUUUAGAUUUAUUAAAAAAAUUUCUUAAUCUAUUAUCAACACGAAUGGAAGCAUGUCUUGAUGAACCAGCUGAAUUUCAAAUAGAUGAUUUAUAUGUUGUACCUGGUGUAGGUACAGUUGUUAGUGGUACAACAUUAAAAGGUAUUAUUAAAGUUGGUGAUAAUUUACAAUUAGGACCUGAUCCAUUAGGACAAUUUAAAACAGUACAAAUUCGAAGUAUUCAUCGUAAACGAAUGUCAGUUAAAGAAUGCCGAGGUGGUCAAACAUCAUCAUUUGCUUUGAGAAAAAUAAAAAAAUCUGAACUUCGUAAAGGUAUGGUCCUUUUAUCUCCACUUAUUUCACCUGUUUCAUAUUGGGAAUUCGAAGCUGAUUUACUUAUUCUACAUCAUCCAACAACAAUCAGUGUUAAAUAUCAAGCAAUGGUUCAUUGUGGUAGUAUUCGUCAAACAGCAACAAUUAUUUCUAUACCUGUUGAAAAUUUACGAACAGGUGAUCGUGCAAAUGUAUUAUUUCGAUUUUUAAAAUCACCUGAAUAUCUUCGUCUUGGUAUGAAACUUAUUUUUCGUGAAGGACGUACAAAAGCUAUUGGUAGUAUAUCGAAACUUAUUCCAUAUGUUGCUCCUCAAGUAACUGGAAAUCGAAUAAAAACAAGAUUACAAACAGCAGUAUCAAUAACAACAGAUCAAUUACAGAUAAACAAACGUACUGAUACUGAUAGUAAUGAUCCUAAUCAAGCAAUUAAUAAACGUUCAAAACAAAUAAAAACAACAUCGGAUAAUAAUAUUUCUGUCGAACAAAAUUCUUCUAUGGAUAAAAAUAUAACAUCUUGA